CGGCUCCAGAGUCCAGUCUUUGCAACAGCCUGACUCUGUCGCUAGGUACCUUUUUCGUACCUAAUUCCAUUUUAGAGUCCGGAAAGAUCAACCGACUGAAAUUCUUUAAUGGUAGCUAUUUUAUCAUUGUAUGCUGAGGCUAUUUUUCUGCUCCAUUUCUUUUUAGUUUUGUGUAGUGAUGUGUCUGUCAUGUGUGAAAACUUCAAGCCCCGAUAGGGGUAAUACUUGUCUUGAGUCCGGCUCUUAUCUCCUGAAUCUCUCUGGAUGUCAUGGCUGUGGUCGGAUGGACACGCUGGUUACUCAAGACAUCACUGAGACCAUGACAUCAGAUGAAACGCAGGAAAUAACCUACAACCAUGUAUGCAGUUCAUGUGGACACAUUGUGGCCCAACAUCAUUAUCUCUUCUGGGUGGUUGAUGGCUACCAGAACUAUGAAAUGAACUGCUUGCUAUGUGGCACUGCUGAAGAUGAAAGAUCUUGCCUUCCUGAUGAUCCCAGGAAACAAGUUGCUCUCUUCUGAAGGAUUCAAUUGCAAUUUUCAAGCUUUAAACUAUACCAAUACAUUCUGGGUUCUGUAAUAUUUGCAAUUAAUGGAGCUUGCCAUUGGCUAAAUGGCAUUCAAUGCUUAACUCUGACCAUGUACACACUAAAGCAAUGAGAUUGACAUGGUUUUGGAUUUUGGAGAAAGUUGGUGGUGUUUAAAUUUAGUGGUAAUGAUCUUCAUGUGUCAUACCCAUGUGUGUAAAGUACAAAUUCAUUGUAAAUGCCAUCGUCAAAUAUCGUGAUCUUCAUAUUCAA